AUGGCAAGCCCCUCCGACACGAUUAUUAUCACCGAUGACGAGGAAUUGCCAAGCCUCGAGCCAGGUAGCUCACGACCUCGGAGGGCCCCUCGCCGUGAUUACAGUUAUCGAGAUUUUGAGAGUAUGAUCGUCGAAUCAGUCGCUGAUGAGACGGAUACGAUACCAUCACGCAAACGCAAAAGAACCGAAACGAAAGAGCCGUCUACUUUGGAAAACGCCUUUGAGGAGCUCCGGGGGGCGGUUAGCCAUAAAGUGCAACGGCUACAAGAGAAAAAUCGCAUCCUUCGAGAUGAACUUCGCCAGGAGAGGGAGAGGCACCAAAAGACGCAAGAGGAACUUUCCCAGCAAAGAGAAAAGCAUAUCUUAGAGUGCAAGAUCUGUUAUAUGCAGCCAGAUCGCUGGGUGCUCAUUCUAUGUGGACACAUGGUGUGCAGGUCAUGCGCAGGAAGACUUGGAACAAUGGAGAAGUGUCCUAUCUGCCGG